CCUCUAGAUGGGCGUUGUGAGGAACUUCCUUCUGUAUUCCUUCAGGUGUGUGGGCCUUGUGAAAUCUAUCUCGGGUAAAGUCGGCCCAGCACCGGAGAAAGGCGCCAUGAGUGCGGCGGACCAAGUGCCGGAGAAACUGGGCAAAGACGUGGAUACGGACGUAACCGUUCCGGAGGUGGCUGCCCUGGGCCUGACCACGAUGGUCCCGUCUAACAACCACCUGUCGCCCUGCCCAAACAACAUGAACUACGCCGACAUCGACUUUCAGAACAUGCCUGCCAUGGCAGCUAGACCGGCCAGGGACCAGGAUGGCGACAACGGCGGGCCAAACAAAGGUGCUUCGGAUGUGACACCUUUGGAUGUGGCCCCCGCUGACCGGAAGCGCAUGGCCAUGUACAACCCGGAAGUGGACAACCACGACCCUCCCCAGGAGCCCAGCACCCCUCCCCUCCCGGACCGCACCGAGGACACCAAGGACAAGAACAUCCCCGAGGUCACCACCACACCUCCGGACGACCUGGACGACUUUGAUGAUGAAUUCAACCCUAAUUAUGCCAGGAUUGAUCUAAAGGUACCUUUAUCUGUUAUUUCAUAG